GUCGCCGCCGGGUCCCUGCGCCGCCGCGGAGCCCGGAUCCCCCAGCCGCAGGGAGAGGCGCCGCCCGCCCCGUCCAGCUGCCCCGCUCAGGAUCCAGGAGUGUCUGUGAGUCUGAGGUGCGGGCCGCCCUUCUGUCAUGGAGGACCCCACAGCGGGUACCGCAGAGUCAGCUCUGAACUGUGAAGCAGGGCCACCUCAUCUCAACUGCUCAGCCCCCACCAGGACCAAGCUGGAGCCCCUCCCAUGUCCCCGUUAAACUUCCUGUAUUGGUAACCCUGUGCUGACAGAGCCGUUACUCACCACCUUCCUGUUUCUUUAAAACCCUUCCACAUUCCCCAGACUAAGUCCUCCCUAUCUUUCAUCCCUCAUAGGACAUCCCCUUUUUUUGUAGUCUUCUCCUCUUUGGUUACCUCCCUUAUUUCCUUAUUUCUUACUGGGUUCCUAGGAGGUGUCAGCACUCCUAUCCACCUGGCCUGGUCUUCUCCACUCCCAAACUGUGGGCUGCCCUAUCUCAACACUAUCCCAUACAUUUCCUGCGUCUUCUUGGACAUUUCACCUCACUGUUACUUCAGCAUAGCCAUGCUUACUUUCUACAUUCUCCACAAAUCUCUGUCUCUCACCACUGCCCACUGAUGCCUUCAUCUCUCCCGUAUAAACAUUCCCCUUGGUCAAUCGUGUGUUACCCCAGUACUCUCCCAUUUAAGCUCUGGUUGGGUCUCUAAAACCUCCUUGACAAAGCUCUUUGUUAAUCCUGCCACCCCCAAACCUCCCUCCUGUCGUAAUUCUAUCCCUUCUCCAACUUUUCUCUCUGAAGCCUCUGUCCUUCCCUGCCUAGCCUGGCCCACGAUUCGCAGCCCACCUCAUCCUCUAACCCCGUGAACUGCCUCCCACCAUGUUCCCCUGAGCCUCCAAGGAGGGGGCUCAGGGAGGCCUGAUGGCCUCCCGCCCCCCGUGGCCCCACAGCCCCCGUGGGCCAGGGGAAGCACCCCAAAAGACCCAGUGCCAAGGAUGGGCAACCGCACCUUGGAGGGCUGCCACGUGGACUCUCGGGUGGACCACCUCUUCCCACCCUCCCUCUACAUCUUCGUCAUCGGCGUGGGGCUGCCCACCAACUGCCUGGCCCUGUGGGCCGCCUACCGCCAGGUGAGGCAACGCAACGAGCUGGGCGUGUACCUGAUGAACCUCAGCAUCGCUGACCUGCUGUACAUCUGCACGCUGCCGCUGUGGGUGGACUACUUUCUGCACCACGACAACUGGAUCCAUGGCCCCGGCUCCUGCAAGCUCUUCGGGUUCAUCUUUUACACCAACAUCUACAUCAGCAUUGCCUUCCUGUGCUGCAUCUCGGUGGACCGGUACCUGGCCGUGGCCCACCCGAUGCGGUUCACCCGCCUGCGCCGUGUCAAGACGGCCGUGGCCGUGAGCUCCGUGGUCUGGGCCACGGAGCUGGGCGCCAACUCGGCACCCCUGUUCCAUGACGAGCUCUUCCGCGACCGUUAUAACCACACCUUCUGCUUCGAGAAGUUCCCCAUGGAGGGCUGGGUGGCCUGGAUGAACCUCUACCGGGUCUUCGUGGGCUUCCUCUUCCCCUGGGCCCUCAUGCUGCUGUCCUACCGCGGCAUCCUGCGGGCCGUGCGGGGCAGCGUGUCCACCGAGCGCCAGGAGAAGGUCAAGAUCAAGAGGCUGGCCCUCAGCCUCAUCGCCAUCGUGCUGGUCUGCUUCGCGCCCUACCACGUGCUCCUGCUGUCGCGGAGCGCUGUCUACCUGCGCCGCCCCCGGGACUGUGGCUUCGAGGAGCGAGUCUUCUCGGCGUAUCACAGCUCGCUGGCCUUCACCAGCCUCAACUGCGUGGCUGAUCCCAUCCUCUACUGCCUCGUCAACGAGGGCGCCCGCAGUGACGUGGCCAAGGGCCUUCACCACCUGCUCCGCUUUCUGGCCAGCGACAAGCCCCAGGAGAUGGCCAACGCCUCGCUCACGCUGGAGACCCCGCUCACUUCCAAGAGGAACAGCAUGGCCAAAGCCAUGGCAGCCGGCUGGGGGGCAGCUCUGCCCACCCAAGGGGACCAGGUGCAGCUGAAGAUGCUGCCGCCGGCACAGUGAACCUCGAAUCCUGCAGAGCCCCCACUCCCCCACUCCCUUCCCUUCUGGCCCAGUGUAUGCAAAUUGUAUGUAAAUAAGGCCCUGAUACUAUUCAUAAAAUGUAAGAAAAUAGGAAAACA